GGAAGGGCCAGGGCCGGGGGCGAGCGGGUGGCAGCGAGCGUCCCUCUCGGUCCGGACACGGGAGCAAGCGAGCGGAGGAGGGAAGGAAGGCGGCCGUCCCCGAGGUCGUGAGAAUGAGCUUUCUGUCCAGCUUCGCCUUGGAAACCUGGGCGCUCCUCCUCCUCCUCUCGGCCCUUCUCGUCCUCUACGGAAUCUGGCCCUACAAUUUCUUUAAGAAGCUGGGGAUCCCUGGGCCCCGGCCUCUGCCCUUUGUCGGGACUUUCCUCGAAUACCGACAUGGGCUCAAUGAUUUUGACCUGAAGUGCCAUCAGAAGUAUGGCACGAUCUGGGGAAUCUUUGAUGGCCGACAGCCACUGCUGGCUAUUCUGGAUCCUUCCAUCAUCAAAACCAUCUUGGUGAAAGAAUUCUACACCCAUUUCACCAACCGCCGGGACUUUGGUUUGAAUGGAGAGCUAGACACAUCCAUACUCAUUGUUGCAGACGAACACUGGAAGAGGAUCCGCACGGUUCUCUCUCCCACCUUCACCAGUGGGAGACUGAAGGAAAUGAUGCCUAUAAUCAACCGUUAUGGGGAAAUCUUGGUGAAGACGGUCCAGAAGAAGGUGGAGAACAAUGAAUCCGUAGACACGAAGGCCAUUUUUGGCGCCUACAGUAUGGAUGUGGUGGCCAGCACUUCCUUCAGCAUUGACAUUGACUCCAUAAACAACCCCAACGAUCCUUUUGUCCUGAACAUCAAGAAGCUAACAAAGUUCAACUUUGUAAAUCCACUAUUAAUCCUGAUUGUUGUCUUUCCGUCCCUCAAACCAUUGCUGGAGAAACUAAACUUCGCCCUCCUAUCUUCUUCUGUGGUGACAUUCUUCACAGCUGUGCUGAAAAAGAUCAAGAACAACCGGCAAAAGAAUAAGCAUAUGGAGCGUGUUGACUUUCUGCAGCUAAUGGUGGACUCCCAGAUUUCAGGGGAUACCUCUGAUGGGGCAAAUUCGUAUAAAGCUCUGACUGACAAGGAGAUAUUGGCACAAGCCAUUAUCUUUAUUUUUGCUGGUUAUGAGACUACCAGCAAUACCCUUAGCUAUCUGUCUUACUUCUUGGCCAUCCACCCAGAUGUUCAACAGAAGCUGCAAGAAGAAAUUGAUGAGAUGCUUCCCAAACAGGCUCCUCCCACCUAUGAGGUGAUUCUUCAGAUGGAGUAUCUUGACAUGGUGAUCAAUGAAACCCUCAGGCUGUACCCUGUGGGGGGAAGGAUCGAAAGGGUUUGCAAAAACAACGUGGAGAUCAAUGGGGUGACCAUCCCCAAAGGAACUGUGGUCAUGAUCCCAGCUUUUGUCCUGCACCGUCUCCCGGAAUAUUGGUCAGAGCCGGAAGAAUUCAGACCCGAGAGGUUCAGCAAAGAGAACAAGGAAACCCUUGACCCGUACACUUUCCUGCCCUUCGGAGCGGGUCCCCGGAACUGCAUUGGGAUGCGCUUUGCUUUCCUGGUUAUCAAAAUGGCCGUGGUGGUCCUGCUGCAGAAGUUCUCCUUCCGGACUUGCGAAGAGACGCCGAUUCCCCUGGAACUUGACAGCAAGGGCUUCAUGCAGCCGAAAAAGCCGAUCAAAUUGAAGUUGGUCCACAGACAGGUUGCUGGAUCUGAGGAAUAGAGCAAAGGGAGAAAGGGAAGCAGAAAGAUGAAUCCACCCUCUUUCCACUGGACAUCCCAUGGAAUUUGUGCUCUAGGGAAGAGCAGAACUGAAGACUCCAAAUAGGCCACUCACUGCUCUCCCUCACAUCACUGAGGACUAGCUACUUGAAACCUCAGAAGAGAGAAUGUUUUAGUUUUCAAUCUUUAAAAUGUAAUUCUAUCUUCGCUCAGAUCUCUAUCUUAUUGAAUUCAAUGGCACUUACUCCCAGAAAAGUGUGUACAGGAUUGCAGCAUUAAUUUCCCUAUUUCAGUCUUACAAGCAGAGGUAAAAACAUAAGACUUAGAAAUAAGUAACCCUCUUAAGCAGUGAUUAAAGAAUAAUUGCUUUUUAUGCUGUUUCUAUUGGCCAAGAGUUCCCAAAACAGCAGAGGCAUUGUUGAGAACUACAAUAAUAUAUACUGUGGGUCCUGAUGGCAAUUUUAGACUAUA